UGCGGUAUUGGGAAGUGGGCGGGACGAAUCAGGUCAGACUGCUGCCUUCCACCGCUCACAUCCCUCCCGCCCCGAAAUAUACCGAUGGUCAUGUCAUUCCAACGUGCGCGUGGCGAUUCUGAAUUGUUAGCUGGUGGCUUUGUUUUUGCAUCCUUACUUUUUAAACUUCCAGAUCGUGCCGUGAUUGUUUUUUUUUAAAAAGAGUGGCCUCUUUUCUAAGUUUAUUUAAUUAAUAACAAAACAAAAAAAAACACUUUCACCGUGAGUCGUCUUUUGUUUUGUAAUUUCCCGGCGGUGAUUCGGAUCCGUCAUGAACAGAAAUCGGCGAAGUGGCCCCAAGGCGUUGAGCCAGCUCCGUGCGGCCGUCCAGAAGUUUGUGGAGGAGGAGGAGGAGGCGGCGGCGGCGGCAGUGUCGCCCUCCGAACCCAACCAGAGCCGGCCCCAGGGUCUCGGGCUCAGGAGAGGAAAAACUCGGAAGGAGUUGAGGAAGGCGAAGAGGAUGGAGAAGAAGUGCAGGAUGAGAGACUAUUACUACAGGAAGCACCUGAACGGCAGCCCCGGGCUUGCGGCUGAGGAAGGGGGCGGCAACGACGCGAAACCCCGACCGGCCCAAGGGGAGGCGGUCGAGGCCCCUGAGACCCGAUCCGGGUUGUUGCAGGGGAAAAAGGCGACGGCGCCACCGCGACCGUCCACCGGGAAGGCCGCGAGGGGAGCCAAGAGCAGACAAGCCCGGAAGAUGGGCUUGCUGGAGGCUAACGAGGAGGAGGAGAGGGAGAUCAAGCGGCUGGAGAAAGCCCUCGGACUCCACAAGCGCAAAAACAGAACUGGCAUCCCGCAGGCCUUCACCAGGGACGGCCUGGAUUACGUCCUGGGGCUCAUCGAGCCCGGCGCCGCCGCUUUGUCGGGGUUGUACGAGAGUGACGGCGAGAUCUCGGAGGCGGUAGAAGAUGAGCUGAAAAACCCAGAGACUGUCUCCGACCCGCGUCGGACUGAGGAUCGUGAGGAGGACUCGGGAGAGGAUUCAGACUGCGGUCUGCAGAGUGAAGAGGGCCAGGAGAGUGCGAUGGAAAUGGAAUCAUCUCACAACGAGGACGAUGGCGAAAGUUCCGAGCCAGAUCGACUUUCGGGAAACGAUGGGGAGCAACUGUCAAAUGAGGGCAAUGAUUCCAGGAAGUAUAUUCCCCCGCAGUUGCGUGAAAAGGCUGAAUCUAUGGAUGCAAAGAAAAAGGAAGAUCUUAUAAGACUUAAGAAGAAUGUAAAAGGACUUCUUAAUAGGUUGAGUGAACCUAAUAUGGCCUCCAUUUGUAGUCAGCUUGAAGAGUUUUAUAUGAGAAACAGUCGUAAAGACAUGAAUGAUGUGCUAACGGAUGUCAUCCUUGCAGCCUGUGUCACUUCAGCCUUGAUGCCUAACAGAUUGAUGAUGGAACAUGUACUGUUAAUUAGCAUUCUUCAUCACAAUGUUGGAAUUGAGGUUGGAGCCCAUGUUUUGGAGGCAACAGUGAAACAAUUUGACGAGCAUUCUAGAAAAGUCAGUGAAACCAAAGAAUGCGAUAAUCUAAUCAAUUUGAUUGCACACUUCUAUAACUUUCAUGUGACUAACUCUGUGUUAGUGUUUGAUAUUCUUAAAAAACUCACAAGCAACUUCAAAGAAAAAGACAUUGAGCUUAUCCUCCUUUUACUGAAAGAAGUGGGAUUUACCCUUCGGAAGGAUGAUGCUGUGGCAUUGAGGGAUUUGAUUCUGGAGGCCCAAAGCAAAGCUAACCGUGUUGGUAAACAAUUCCAUGACCAAACAAGGAUCCGUUUUAUGCUGGAAACAAUGCUGGCAUUGAAGAAUAAUGAUAUGCGAAAAAUUCCAGGCUAUGAUCCCGAACCUGUAGAAAGGCUUCGAAAACUGCAAAGGAGUCUGAUUCACAACAGCCGUGGUGACUUCCUCCUCCGUGCAACAUUAGAAAACCUGCUGACAGCAGACCAAGUCGGACGGUGGUGGAUUGUGGGAUCUUCAUGGAGUGGUAUUCCCAUGAUCGAUAACACAAGUGCUAAAACGCAGCAAAACGUUGCUGUUGGAGAGGUAAGUGGAAAAAUUAUGGAACUUGCACACAAACAAAGGAUGAAUACAGAUAUAAGGAAGAACAUCUUUUGUGUCAUGAUGACCAGUGAAGAUUAUUUGGAUGCUUUUGAAAAACUUUUAAGACUGAGGCUGAAAGAUCAACAGGAAAGAGAGAUUAUUCAUGUUAUUGUUCACUGUUGCCUUCAAGAAAAAACAUUUAAUCCUUUCUAUGCUUUCCUGACACAAAAGUUCUGUGAAUAUAAUAGAAGAUUUCAGAUGACAUUCCAAUUUAGCAUGUGGGACCGCUUCCGAGAUUUGAAGAACAUGGCCAAUGUAGCAACCACAAAUUUGGUUCAUCUGCUUGUUCAUCUUCUCAGCAGGAAAGUGGUGUCUCUGUCCAUCUUUAAAGCAAUUGAGUUCAGCGAACUGGAUAAGCCUAAAGUCAAACUUUUACGUCAAGUUCUCCAUAAAUUACUCGUGGAUACAGAACCUGAAGAAUUAGUAGCAAUAUUUCAAAGAAUCUCUGGAAUUUCAAAGCUGGGAAUGUUGCGGGAAGGCCUGAAACUCUUUCUUUCACACUUCUUACUGAAGAAUGCCUCCAGCUUGGGGAGUUUAGAACAAGCUAAUUUACUUAAAGCACGUGUGGACAUAGCUGAAAAGGCUUUACAGUCUAAAGAUAUCGUGCUGAAGUUUUAACCAUUGACCACAAUGUGGAAUUUUUGACUACAGCACAGAUUGAAAGUCUGUUCACAAUAUCUGUCUUACUAUUUGUGCUUGGAAGACCUGUAUUAAUAACAGGAGGUACUUCAUGCUGCUGCAUUCAGAAAAAAAAAUUUCAAGCUUUAUAUUUGUCAAAAAGACCACUAGGUGGCGUAUUUCUACCAUAUCAGUAUCUUGCAUAUUUAGCUUUUAUGACACCAAUUUUAAUGCCUUUAUGGUUCAGAUUGUAGUUUAUAGCAAAUUAUAUUUAUAUCUGUUUGUAGCUACAGAAUGCCAGUAAUAUGUUCUAUUCAAAGAAUUCCUUAAAUUACAGCUGACUUCGUGUUUAAAAAUAAUUUUUAUAUUUGUAAUCUCCAAACGUGUGGGUGUACUGUAACCUUGAAAUGAAAAUAUCAUCAGAGAUUAACAAGAAUUUUGAAGUAUCCAUGAAGAUAGCAUUUACAAUUUUUCUAUCAAGAUACUGUAUUUCAUUAUAUAUUUAAUUUUUGUUUAACUGGUUCAUUUUGGAUUUACAAAGUGCAGUUGUUAGCCAAAAGUUGUUUAAAGUUAAGGCCCUUGGAUUGCACUUUAGAAAACCAUGGGUGGGGAAAAGCCAUUGUGUUCUUGAGUGUUAUUCAUUAAAUUAAUGGAAAGUAUAUGCAUCAAGCUGUCAGGUGAAAACAAGAUAAAAAGGUAUACCUGCACACACCUCCCCGGUAUUUUAGAUAUUCAGUGCCUGGAAGCAUCGUCAGCAUCUUCAUUGUGUUGUAGAUACCGCUUUGCUCUUGUUAUACCACUUGUAUUACCUCUUCGCUCCUCUCUGAGUUGUCGGAUUGCUUGGGUCUUGGGUGUGUUGUAGUUGCCUCUAUCUUAAUAAUGACACUGUUAUUCCAUGAAUAAGUAACAGGAUGUUAAGGAGACAGAAGCUGUAAUCUAAACCAUAGCCUUUGCAUUGGUUCAGUCCCUGUUCCCAGUCAUUAGCUCAGAUUGAAUCAGAAAGUUGAAAACACCAGUGUCCUAUUCAGUUUCAAGCUGAGCUUUCAGCGCCCUAAUCCCUCCAUCACAAACACUGGUAAUUUUCAAAUGAGUAAUAUUGUCUGUUUCAAACAUUAUUUUGAUCCAUUUGCUGCUGAAUCCCUCAUCUGUGCCAUUGUCAUUUAGGUUCCAGUAUCCCCAGGAUCACGGAAAAGCUCAGCAGGUCUGGCAGCAUCUGUGAAGAAAAACCCUUCCUCAGAACCCAAAAUGUUAACUGUAAUUUUUUUCCUCACAUAUGCUGCCAGACCUGCCGAGCUUUUCCAGCAAUUCCUAUUUUUGUUCCUGAUUUACAGCAUCUGCAGUUCUUUCGGUUUUUAUCGAAAAUGUUGCUUUUCCACGCUACUCCCAUUUCUCUUGAUGUCAUUGGUAUUGUAAGAUUCUGACUUCAAGAGCCAAAUGAAGAACCAAUACCUAAUGAGCCAAAUCUUUCUAAGUAUUUUUAGGAUAAUUUAAGUUUACUAAAAAACAACAGUCAGACAUAAAUGCCUCCCCCUCCACACGUCACAUCAGCUCUGAUGAAGAGUCAUCUAGACUCAAUGUUAGCUUGUUCUCUGUCCAUGAUUGCUGCCUGAACCACUGUGAUUUCCAGCAUUUUUAUUUUCAGUGCCAAUUCCAGCAUCUGCAGUAAUUUGCUUCUACAAUAGUGAAGCCAUAAUGCUUUAGCUGAAUAGACACAAAUAGUAUAAAACUCAUGAUAGUUGAAAGUAGUCCAGUGAUAUUAGAUCGACUUACGUUAUCUGACUAAAGUGGGUGACCUCUUAUCCAUAUUAUAUUCCACCAACUUUGUUCUUAUCAAUCUGCUAAGGUUUGUCCAAAUUCCGUUGAAGCCUAUUUACAUCAUCUUGACAAUUCAUUGCUUCGAGAUUUUGUGUCAAGGGCUGUCACUCCAUUCCAGAGAUCAGCUACUUUAUUCGUGGCCCUAUUGAAGAUUGAGAGCUAAGUGGCUCAGGCAGUAGCACCUAAACAUAGCGUGUUAUUCCUUGGCAAGUGCCACUUGAUCGUACUGUUAAUGACCCCUUCCAUUACUGAUGCUUAGGAAGAUUGAUGGGACACUAUUUGGCCAGGUUUGAUUUGUCCUGCUUUUUGUGCACAAGGCGCACCUGGGCAAUUUCCAUGUUGUCAGAUAAUGCUAGUGUAAUAUACCCUUAUAGAUGUGCUUUGUAAAACCCUCUAAAGUGCCAGUGCUCUGACUGUACGCUAAUUGCCUAGUGUUAUAAUCCCAUCUGCUGGUAAGACUGGAUGUCACAUUCUGGAAUGAGCCUGGCUUGAUAAAUUGUAUUUAUUUCCGAUUUAGUCAAUGUGUUGGUCAGUCGUUGACAAUGUGCUUUUAACAAAUGAGCAUAAUUUUAUUUUGUGUAAUAAGCUUUUUAUAAAUAAGCCUAUAUGUCUGUGUGCACAAAGGCAAUUCUGAAAGGUCUCACAAUCAACAGCAAAAAGAAAAAUUCAGUGCAGUCAUUUACAGUUCCUUCACUGACAUGCAAAAUGUGACUCCAAACCCAUAGUAGUACAGUUGACACUUGACUGUCUUCUGCAGGAAGAUCCGUAUCAAAGGAAUCGAACCCAAUGGGCCACUUGGCAUCAAAUUAAGCACUUCCAUACUCACCCUUGAUCAACUGCAAUGUCUUCCUUACUAACAGCUGGGCACUGGUGCUGAUAUUUGGGAGAACUGUCUCAAAGCCUAGUCAGGCAAAGGGCUGAUGUAGUCAUUCUCUUAGAAUCGUCUCUUGCACUGUUUCAGACAGCACUGUCACAGCCCCUGGGUAUGUUCUGCUCAUCGUUGGGGCGAAUACAGUAGAGGUGGUGUCACAAUAUUAUUUAGUUGAGAGGGAAUUGUUCUGUGCCGUUAACUCUGAACUCAAGACUGAGUUACAUAGAUUCUUAAUUGAAAUGGGACUUAAAAGCUUUACAGCAUGAACACAAAAGAAGAGAAGUAGUCAAUUCAGCUAUGAUCCUACCAAAUGGUAGAGCAGGCACAAGGAGCCAAGUGGUGAAAUUUGAAUUCAAUAAAAUCUGGAAUUUGAAAACUA